AUGCUCCACCAAUGUUUCUCUAAGAAGCUGGAGGCCUGUAUCCUCAAGCUUGACUUCAGCAAAGCCUUCGAUUGUGUAGGGUGGGACUUCCUCUUAUCCCUGCUCGAGGCUAGAGGCUUUGGCCCCAAAUGGUGUUCCUGGAUCAAAUCCUCCCUCACUUCCUCCAAGUCUUCUGUUCUUGUCAACGGCACUGCUUCUAAUUCUUUCGUCUGCCAUAGGGGCCUCAAGCAGGGGGACCCCCUCUCCCCCAUGCUCUUUCUCCUGGUAGCUGACGUCCUCUGUAGGAUGCUACUCAGCAGCAGCGACCAUGGAGAUCUCUCAGAUCUUAACCUCAAAGGUCAUCUAAAUGGCAUCAAAUCUUUGCACUUUGCUGACGACACCAUCAUCUUCUGUAAAGCUUCUGUGCCAGACAUCACUAACCUCAAAUCGAUCCUCUACCUCUUCGAAAGCACCUCUGGUCUGGCCAUCAACUUUGCCAAAUCCAACCUCCUAUACAGCGGCAAAUCCUCAUCCUCUGGAGCUAUGCUGGCCAAUAUCCUCAACUGCUCACUGGCCUCCCCUCCCAUUAAGUAUCUUGGUCUCCCCCUCAAACGGGGUUCUCUCUCCAGACCAGAUUAG